AUGCGCGACAUCCGGUGCAAGGUGAUUGUCCUGAAAAUCGUCCACACAGACCCGGGCCGAAGCCAGCAAAAUUUCCCCGAGCACCGGAAGUACUUCAUCAUGACCAUCGCCGACCGCACUUCUCGCAUUGAGGCUCGUGUUUAUAGUCCGCUCGGGCUGCAAAUCCGCCCCGGAGACAUCUUGUCCAUCACCGACGGGAUCACCACUCUCUUUACACGACGCGAGGGCCGCUGUCUGUGCCUCUCUUUUGGGCGAAAUGGCGGCUUCAGCUGCGUUGGACAAUACCAGAUGGUUUUCAACGAGCAAUUUGACAUGACCUCACAAUUGCAGUGGCUGAAUGACGAAUCCCUGGACCACAUGUCGCGCGAACGGCUCGAGCGGCACCGGACACAAGUCCUCGGUCUGCCGCCGCUGCCGGCGCAUGAUCUCCUGGCAGUGUCAGCCCCGUCGGAUGGCCCCCCGGGGUCUGUACCGGGGAUCGGCCUGUCGAUUCCCCCCUCCAGCUCGGUCCCCGGGAUCGGCCUCACAGCCCCGGGAUCGGGGAUGGGCUUCGCACUUGCUGGUGGCCAUGCACCGGCGCCGGGUUCCGGCAACGCCGGGGCACCCCCCGCUCCGGGGUCCUUCCUGCCGCCCCCCGGCGCCGGGCGCCACUCGUUGGCUCUGGCUCCUGGGGGGAUUUCCCUCGAACAACUGCCCCCUCCGCCUGGGGGCUCCUCCUUCCACCACACGCACCACCUGCCGCCUCCACCCGCGCCCGGCCCUGGCCCCGGCCCUGGCGGCCCGCCCUUCCACCACCCCCACCAUCACUCGGCGCCGCACCAUCUUGCCGCUCCUCCCGGCGGGCCGCCCUCCCACCACCACCACCAUCCGCACCACCAUCCGCACCAUCCGCACCACUUGCACCAUGGUCCACCACCGCCGCCGCCGCCGCCGCCACACCACUUCCCUCCGCACCAUGGGGCACCGCCGCCUGGCGGCCGAGACCGUGGCGGGCUGCCUCCCCCGGCCGGUGGGCACUUCGCCGCUCCCCCUUUCCAUGCCGGGCCUCCGGGAGGAGGGGGGCCCAGCGGGCCGCCGCCGCCGAAGAAGAGCCGCCAAUAG